AUGUACUACGAACUUGCUCCAAGCGUCAGGGAGGAUGUCUUGCAGCGAGUGACGCGUCAGCUGGGAGGCGUAGCGGCGAGUGGCGCGCCACCGCCAUGUCAGGAAUGGGGAGAUGAACUCCCGUUACAUCUGGCGGCCACACCGGAGGAUGUCAUGCGUGCAUACCCGCCCCCUCCAGCGCACCUCGCACCUGACGCUGGCGCCGCAGAGACGCCUGAACAGCAGCAACAAGGAAAAGUAAAGGAAAACGGGGCAAGAGCGGCGCAUAAACGCCCACGCAUUAUUUCCCCCGAAUUGCGCCAAGAAAUGACUGGGAGAGAAGGGAACAGCGACGGCGGCGAGAAUGCGUCUGUGUCCUCAUCCUUCACUCCACAUGUGCAUUUUGACCCGUCAUUUAUACGCACCGACUACUUGGGGCGAUCUUUCCUGCAGCCCCCACCCGCUCUACUCUCUGGUUUGGAUUCCCGUGAGCUGGAGUGCCAUCCGCCGCGGCAGAUGAAAGGGGGCUGGGGCAAGCACGCGGCCGGUAUUCAGCAGCUGCAAUGGGUACCCCCCGUCGGGCACUUGUUGUUUGCUGCAGAUUUAAAGGGCGAAGUGAGGCUUUACGAGGCGAUGGCAUCACGCAAGUGCAUCGCGACCUUUGUAGCCCACACCCAACCCGUGAAGUCGUUGGAGGUCACACCGGACGCGUCCAUCAUGUCCACUGGCUCUGUGGAUGGCACCGUAGCACUGUGGGAUGUGGAAAGGGGUGUGUGCAGCAAUGUCCUGACUAACACGGAAGGGCUUCCCUGUGUUCAGCACUUGCACCAUCCGUUUGAUACAUCAUCCCUUAUCCUUGCCGCCCUCGGCCGCAAAAUUGUGCUGUACGACGUGAGGGUCAGCUCGCACAAAUACCAGCGUGAGUACACGGGGCACAUGGGCACCAUCUUCAACCUCACCCUGUUGAGCGGGGGGAAGAAGUUGCUGACGACAUCAGAGGAUAAAACACUUCGCACGUGGGAUUUUCGAGUACCGGUGCAAAUUAAACAAAUUGCGGAUGUCUCCAUGCACGCCAUCACACACGUUGCACGUCACCCGACGGAAGAUAUGCUGGUCGCCCAGUCGCUGAACAACCAGGCCCUCGUCUUUGCCGACAGCGGCGGUGGGCAGGUAAAGCUGCUGCGUCACCGGGUAUUCAGCGGCCACACCAUCUCUGGAACACGAUGUCAACUCGCCUUCAGUCCUGACGGCCGUUAUUUGUCAAGUGGCGAUAUCCACGGCAAACUCUUCAUAUGGUCAUGGGCCACGUGCGAGCUUGUCCGUUCAUUCCCCGCACAUACGCAGACGCUCGCCUCCCACAGGUGGCACCCAAUAGAGUCUUCGCGUUUGGUCACCUCGGCAUGGGAUGGAACGAUAAAGAACUGGAGUUAA